AUGGCUAAAGUCAAACCAUGCGAAGUCGAAUGCAAUCCAUCAACUUCUGGAAGUCGUGUCGGCUACCUGAUAACGAUGGCUGCGAAGGUAUUUGGCAUUGUGUCAAAACGAUUCGAGCGAAGUCCAUCAUUGCCAUCGACUGAGGGAAGCUUAGAAAUUGGUGAUAGAGGAGUUAAUCUUCCAGAUAUGCCCGUUUAUCAACAAUCAACAACGAGAAAAUUGGCUUUCGGCUCCACGUUGGACUCGGAUGCUUCAAAACCUCAGAAAGACUUCUAUAACAACAAUACGUUAGUAAAUCUCAGCAAACUCUUCUGCGGAAUCGUUUUACUCACUGCUUUUCUGCUCGUGAUGAGUAGAAGUUUCGGCCAUCUGCUAACAGAACAGAGAAAUUCGACUUCGGACGCAACCUCAUAUUCUUUCCAAUGAUUUUCUUCUUAUUUUCAUCAAAUUGUCUCAGUGAAUCUGGUCUUACAUG